UCGAUCGGCGGCAUAUCGUACGUGUUUCGUUAGGAACGCGACGGUGCGUUCGUAGCCGGACGAGGAAGACGUAAAUAAGGAAGAAGGAAGGAAUCGAUCGAUCACAGGGAUAACGGUCGUGCCGUGAAAGAUUUGGCCCGCGAAAGACCAAUGACGAAAAUGAGUUCGCAGCAAAGUCCAGCCGCGUUGCAGUCGACGGUGGAUCGCGAGAAAGUUUACAUCUGGAUAAUCGAAUUGUCGAAUUCGGAGACGAGAGAGAACGCGUUGCUUGAACUUAGCAAGAAACGGGAGGUCGUGCCCGAUUUGGCUCCGAUGCUUUGGCAUUCGUUCGGAACGAUCGCGUCGCUGCUUCAAGAGAUAAUAAACAUAUAUCCCGCUAUCAAUCCAGCCACUCUAACCGCGUAUCAGAGCAAUCGAGUGUGCAACGCGUUGGCUCUGCUGCAGUGCGUUGCCAGUCACCCGGAAACCAGAUCCUCGUUUCUGCAGGCUCACGUGCCGCUCUUCCUAUAUCCGUUUCUGCACACGGUCAGCAAGACCCGUCCGUUCGAGUAUCUACGAUUGACCAGUUUGGGAGUGAUAGGAGCUUUGGUAAAGACCGACGAGCAAGAGGUGAUUACGUUCUUGCUCACUACGGAAAUUAUCCCGCUUUGCUUACGCAUCAUGGAAAGCGGCUCGGAAUUAAGCAAGACGGUGGCUACGUUCAUUCUGCAGAAGAUUUUGCUCGACGAUAGCGGUCUUUCCUACAUCUGCCAAACGUACGAUCGAUUCAGUCACGUUGCCAUGAUUUUAGGAAAGAUGGUCUUAUCCUUGGCCAAAGAUCCUUCCGCCAGGUUGUUGAAGCACGUGGUCAGAUGUUACCUCAGACUGUCGGACAAUCCAAGGGCAUUGCUGGCGCUCAGACAGUGUUUACCCGAUCAGCUGAGGGACAGCACGUUCGCCACCUGUCUGCAAGAGGACGCGUCUACGAAACACUGGUUGAAUCAGCUUCUAAAGAAUUUAGAGACCGGCCCUCAACCCGUGCCUCCGACGCAACCGGGUCAACAGGAUCCUAGAACCAUCGGCUUGUCGCCCCUUGCUUCUUAAACCGUGGUCGCCUUCCAGAGUCGAGACGAAACACGGAUACGCCAUCGUCGGUUACGCGACCGCAGUCUGUCGGAUGGCAUAGUGUCGGGCGAGCGAUAGAUCCGAAUACGAAAUGGAUUGUCGUCCCAUGUCGUCCCGUGGGACACGAUGCGAGAUUACCACCGCGACGAGUGGCGGGAAAUUCGAUGCAACGGUGAAAUCUAAACACAGACGGAGAAACGACGAAACGUUGCCAUUGAUGGAAG